AUGGAGGCCAUGCGGCAAAACAUGGCAUGACUCCAAGACAUGCUUCGCCAAAUGCAAGAACAGCAACAAGCGUACGAAGCGGCAAGGCGAUCCAAGGUUGCUUCGGCACCGAUCCUCCAGUAUUCGGCAGGUUUUGUCCCACCUCAAGUCUAUCCGCAAGUGCAGCCCAAGCCCGCUCCGCCGCAAGUCUUGCAGGCACCAAUGUACUUUGUCGGACAGCCGACAGUGGCAGCAGUGCCCCAAGCCGCGACCCAAGUACAGCCUCAGCCACUUGGCCAGCUGUCGCAAGCCGUAGCAGAAGGGGCUUCGGCUCUGCAGGCACAAUUCCAAGCUUUCCUCCAGCAAAUCAAUCAGCCCCACAACAUUUCGAAUACAGCUCCCUCAACUCGUCCAGAGGGGAAUUCAAGUCAAGGUGCGCUCAGUUGGUUGCCGCCGAACCAGCCGAAUCUGGGGACUUCGCCGUGGAGUCAGGUACCUCAGUGCGACUUUACCAAUACCGCUCAGGCGCAAACCGUUCGGUCGCAAGCACCAACACCAGGCUUCGGAACAAGCCAAGCACCAUCCCAGGUCGCCAUGACGUGGUCGCAGCUAGUUUUCGACCCAUCCAUGGCGGCUCAGCAAGCAUCACCAGUCGGAGCUAGGCAGCCAAACGCCAUGGCUCAAAAUCAUGCGCAAGCCGUAAUUUCACCUUUCGCCACGCCGUACCCACAGCAAGGCACCGCAGGCAGAGCGGGAGGCGAAAAGGGUCUGCCGCUGAGUGGGGGAAUCAAGAAUCGCCCAAUUCCGCCCCAGUUCAAAUUCCUUCCCGUCCCACGCUACUCGGGCGAAACUGACCCGAAGGAGUUCCUAUCCAUCUACGAGUCCGCGAUUGAAGCGGCUCAUGGUGACGAAAAUACCAAGGCAAAGGUAAUUCAUCUCGCUCUUGACGGCAUUGCCCGUUCUUGGUAUUUCAAUUUGCCAGCCAAUAGCAUUUACUCAUGGGAGCAAUUGCGCGAUGUUUUUGUUCUUAACUUUCGAGGCACUUACGAGGAGCCGAAGACGCAGCAACAUCUGCUCGGCAUUCGCCAAAGGCCGGGAGAGUCGAUAAGAGAAUACAUGCGUCGCUUCUCGCAAGCCCGGUGCCAAGUUGAAGACAUAACCGAGGCAUCAGUCAUAAAUGCUGCUUCGGCUGGUCUGCUCGAAGGCGAACUCACAAGGAAAAUCGCCAACAAGGAACCACAAACACUCGAGCACUUGGUUCGCAUCAUUGACGGUUUCGCAAAGAGCGAAGAGGAUUCCAAGCGACGGCAAGCCAUACAAACUGAGUACGAUAAAGCUUCUAUUGCCGCUGCUCAAGCUCAAGCACAAGUUAAAGUUGCUGAACCACCUCCCCUCGCGGUUCGCCAGCCUUAAACGGCGAUCCAAGGACAGCCGCCAAGGCAAGGUCAAGCUCCCAUGACCUGGAGAAAGUUCAGAACCGACCGCGCGGGCAAGGCUGUGAUGGCCGUCGAAGAAGUGCAAGCCCUCCGCAAGGAGUUCGACGCCCAGCAAGCGAGCAACCAUCAACAGCCGGUUCGUAAAAAGGUUCGAAAAGACCUUUACUGUGCCUUUCACGGACGCUCUUCGCAUACCACAGAGCAAUGCCAAAACAUCAGGCAACGUGGCAACGCGCAAGAUACUAGAUCACAGCAAGGAACAACUAUAGAAGCACCUCGCGAAGCAGCCCAAGAACAAACACCCCCGGUCGAACAACGUCAAGACGCGCAGCGAAGGGUAAUCCAAGUGAUUACGAGGGCUGACCCGCCAGGCCAAUUAUCCAAAAGGCAGAAAAAGAUGCACAUCCGAGCGGUCCACAGCAUCACUUCGGCGGGUAAGAGGGCGCCACAGUAUGUGAACCAGCUGAUCUCUUUCGGGCCGGAAGACGCCGAAGGAGUCAUGUUCCCGCAUCAAGAUCCGCUGGUAAUCUCAGCUGAGAUAGCCGGCUUUGAAGUCUGGCGAAUCCUGGUCGAUGGAGGGAGUUCGGCCGACGUUAUCUUCGUCGAAGCAUAUGCUAAGAUGGGGUUGCCAACCCAAGCUCUUACACCAGCACCAGCGUCGAUCCGGGGGUUCGGCGGAGAGGCAGUUCAAGUUCUUGGCCAAGCACUUUUGCUGAUAGCUUUCGGCUCGGGAGAAAACAGACGCGAAGAGCAAGUACUGUUCGACGUCGUUGACAUCCCGUACAACUACAAUGCCAUCCUCGGCCGUGCGACCCUGAACAAGUUCGAAGCCAUUUCCCACCACAACUAUCUCAAGCUCAAGAUGCCCGGCCCAGCGGGAGUGAUAGUGGUUAAGGGGCUUCAGUCUUCGGCCGCGUCAAAAGGCGAUCUAGCCAUAAUCAACAGGGCUGUGCACAAUGUCGAAGCCGAAUUGCACAGCCGGCCGAAACACGUGCCAAAGCCAACCCCGCAUGACAAAAUAGUAAAAGUGCAGAUUGACCAUGCCGACCCCGCAAAGCUCGUAUCACUGGGGGACGGCAUGGGCGAACAAGAAGCUGAGGGCAUCCUAGCGGUGCUCAAAAAGAACAUUGAUAUUUUCGCCUGGAGCUCCGAUGAAGUGGGGGGGUGUUUCGGCAGACCUCAUCAUGCAUCACCUGGCAGUCAAGCCGGAUGCCAAGCCAAGAAAGCAGAAGUUGCGUAAGAUGUCCGCCGAUCGUCAAUAGGCAGCAAAAGCCGUAGUCCAAAAACUACUCAGGGCUGGGGUUAUUCAAGAGAUCGACCACCCAGAGUGGCUGGCGAACCCAGUACUGGUGCGGAAGUCAAACGGCAAAUGACGCAUGUGUGUAGAUUUCACGGACCUGAACAAAGCAUGUCCAAAGGACGAUUUCCCUUUGCCGUGGAUCGAUCAGCUCAUGGAUUCAACAACUGGGCGAGGAUGCCUAGCAUACUAAAUGAUUGACACAAUUCAUGCUAUGUUACUCCUUUCGUCCCAUUUUAAGUAUAGUUGUGAGAGUUUCUGUGUUCAACGUUUAACCUUUCGUCUUAUUUGGAAAACUUACGAAAAAAUUAAAAAAAUAAGUCACACAAACAAUAAAAAAUACUAAUCAUAAAAAAUCAAAUAAGACGGAUGGUCAAACGUUGAAAAAAAAACUCAUAAUUAUACUUAAAAUGAGAUAGAUAGAGUAGUUGUCUUUGGCAGCCUGUAGCUCGGCAGCUUUGUUUUGCAACAGAAUGAGUGUAAGUUGCAUAGAUGAUGCAGGAAUUCUGAAAUGAGCUACUACUCUGUCCCCUAAAAAGACAAA